CGGGACGGCAUUCCCUGACACUCCGUGGGAACUCGUUUCGUCAGCAGCACAUUAGAUGUAGCGCACUCUCGGCUCUGAGCUCUACUAGUUUAGAGCAGAGGCGACUGGACCCGCUGCGCUCACAUUAGCACACGAUAGCAACGCUCAAUAUCGCGAACAGUAAUAAGGCGCAAGCCCCAUCAGCGAUCUGCCUCCACGAGAGGCGACAGCUUCUGUUUCAAGGCGCCUCAAUGUGCGACGCGAGAAUGGCUCGUAGCUUUGGACGACGUCGUCCUGCGCCGGUGCGAAUCGCAUCGUCGACGGUGGUGCGUGUAGCGCUCACGCUGAUCGUCGCCUUGCUUUCGCGUCGUGCUCUCGCUGCCACGGAUCCCGCUCACUUGCCCAUUCUCAGGAGUUUCGCGGCCCUAGGCAAUCCCACCAGCCCGCCUUUCAACGCUUGGGCAGGCGACGACCCGUGCGGUGCCGAUGCAGGGAGCGCAUGGCCAGGAAUAAAGUGUGACGGGGGCGGCACAUUCAACGUAGUGUCUGAGAUUGACAUUCAGGACGCCCAGCUAGCGGGGGACUUGCCUCCAUCGCUCUUCGGCCUCACCACGCUCCGCACCAUCAAUCUGGCACUCAACCCUAAAAUCACGGGCAGCUUUCCAGAGACACUGGGGAACCUUUUGCAGCUGACUACACUCGACAUGCACAGCUGCGGUCUCUCUGGUUCUAUCCCGUCCACCAUUGGACGCCUCACCAGCCUCAAGUACUUCCUCGUCAACCAGAACCGCCUGUCGGGCUCCCUGCCCUCUCAGAUGGGCGCCCUCCCGCACCUCUACAUGCUGGACGUCAUGGACAACCAGCUCGAGGGGCCUCUGCCAUCAUUCCAGGGGGCCACAGAGCUGGGCCAUCUCCACAUGAGCCGCAACCUGUUCACGUCUGUUCCUGCAGAGAUCAGCCAACUGCCAAAACUGGAGCACCUGCUUAUGGACAGUAACAGACUAACUCAUGACAUUCCACUCGCUUUUAACAACACCAACUUUACUGUUAUCUAUUGGAGCAACAACAUAAUACCCGGCCCUCUGCCCUCCACCUGGUUCUUUCCCAAACUCAGGGACUUCCUCGUCAGCAACUGUUCCCUCCCAGACCAGCCCCUGCCCUCCUUCCCUCGCUCUGUCAAUCUCUCCAACCUGGACCUGAGUGGCAACAGCUUCACAGGCGCCAUUCCUGGCUCUCUGUUUCAGCAGAGCCCCAACCUCGUCAACCUCAACCUGGCCAGCAACGCUCUUGACUCGGAUCUCCCUCCAGAAAUCACCACCGCCUCCAAGCUGCAAUCCGUGUUCCUGGCUGACAACCAGCUCACCGGCCCCCUGCCAGACCUCUCUGGACUCUCCAGUAUCGUGUCUCUCUCGCUCUACGACAACGACUUCACUAGCGUGCCGCCCGAUCUGCUCGAGAGGAACAACCUCACGCUGCAGCUCUACAACAACAACGUGUGCAAGCCGUUCAACCCAGAGUACCUAGGAGUGUGCUCCCCUCCAACAUCCCUCACCCAGUACACCUCCCCAGCUUUCUGCGACGGCUUGGCCUGCAAGGACGAGCUUUACACCCCUAGCGCACCGAUCUAUAGCGAGUCGCGCUCCUGUGUGUGCGUGUCCCCUUUAAGAGUCGACCUGGAGCUGUUUAUAUCCGAUUUCGUGGUGUACCACAAGGACCUGGUGGAGCAGCUAGAGCAGAGGAUAUUCUCUGAGCUCACAACCAAGUCUGCCAUCAACAUCAGCAGGUCUCAGGUCCUCAUCUCCGCCAUCAGCAGCCCCGCCACCCUCUACUCACUCGCCUCCACCUUCGCCUCGGACCACACCGACCACGAGUCCACGCUCAUCGUCACUGUCCUCUUCUUCCCGCCUGCGGGCGACGCCAGCUGGUUCCCGCGCGACACGCCGCAGGCCAUCCGCAGGGCGCUCACUACGCGCGACCUCACAGCGCGCGUCGCCCUCGGCAACUUUGGGCUGUUCCGAGUGGCGGGGUUCUACGGCCCGGCGCCUUACAACCCGCCAUCGCAGCAGGCUGCUUCUGGGCUGAGCACCGGAGCCAUCGUGGCCAUUUCAGUGUCAUCCGCUGCUCUUGGCAUCGCCCUCAUCGUGGCUCUGCUGAUGCGACCCUGGGAGAAGAGAGGGUGGAGCCAUGCGGACUACGAGGCCCUGGAGGGCAUCAAGCUGCAGCACGCUCGGCGCUACUCGCUGAAGCAGCUAGCCGAGGCCACCAGUGGCUUCGACGACACGCUUGUGCUGGGGGAGGGAGGAUAUGGCAAGGUGUACAAGGGCGUGUUGAACGGCGAGCCGGUGGCGAUAAAGAAGGCGACGGAGAAGCGGCGGCACGACGGGGUGGACUUCAAGAACGAGAUCGAGAUGUUGACGGCCGUGUCGCACGGCAACCUCGUCAAGCUCACCGGCUUUUGCGUGGAGAAAGACGAGCAGCUGCUCGUCUUCGAGUUCAUGGAGGGCGGCGCGCUAGAUGCUUGGAUCAGAGGCAGCAGCACAGAGCGCAUACUAUCGUGGAGGGAGAGGAUGCGUAUCGCCCUGGAUGCAGCAAAUGCGCUGCAUUACUUGCCACAGGGAGAUGAAACCAGGCAUCCAUACAUCGCGAUAUCAAGCCUGCCAACAUUCUCCUGACAGCCUCUCUGGAGCAAAGGUGGCUGACUUUGGCAUUUCCAAGUCUCUGCCGGAGAGGGGCGAGCUGGUCCAAGAAAAGAUCAUUGGAAGCAGGGGCUACAUCGACCCGCACUUUGCACAGUCGGAGGUGCUGACGGAGCGCAGUGACGUGUUCAGCUUUGGCGUGGUGCUGCUGCAGCUCGCCACGGGCCAACCACCCGUCAUCCAGGGCGUGCCGCUCAGCCAGGUCGUGCUGCACCUUGCCUUCGGCGCCGGCGGCCUCUCCUCCGCUAUCGACCCCAAGCUCUCGCCCCUGCUGCUCUCGCGGGUCACUCCCGCUCCUGCCGCUGCUGCAUCCAACCGUUUUCAUGGUGCUGCUGGUGCUGCCGGUGCUUCUGGCGCGGGUGUGAGUGUGAGCGAGGUGGUGGAGGGGCUGGAGGACACCUUUGGCACGUUCCUGCGCGUGGCGCUGUGGUGCACGGCGGAGCACCCCUCGCUUCGCCCCGACAUGGAGCAGGUCAUAUCUGCACUGCGCAGCAUCAGGGACCAGCUCCGGGCACUACCUGGUGCAGGUGGCUCUCUUGCCAGCCGUGCCAGCAGCGAAGCGCUUGCUGCGGUGGGGUCUGCAGGAGCUAUCUCUAGUGCCUCCAAUGGUUUCGCCACUGCUGGUUACCAGCAUCGAGGUUAUCAGAGCAAUUCCGGCAUUGCUGCUGUUGGGUCUGUUGGAACCAACCCUAGUGCAGCAGGAGGGUAUCCCUCCGGCCCGCGUGCCCCUGGAAGUGAAGUCAGCGCGCUCACAGGGGGCCUGCCAGCCUGUCAACCCUGUGGAACCCCAUGGCUGCUUCCUCGGGUCAACUGGAGUCAAACUGGUCAAGCCUUGCUGGGGAGCAGAGAGGGAUGGAUGGGUUUGAUGCCACUUCUGGCACGCAACAUCAGACUAUGACAGGUCCCCAUGCUCGGUAAAUAGUGUACAGCAAUGCAAUACAUACAAUGCUGUUGUGGGGGAGGGCCUUUGCACUGUCUAUUCUAUUGCCCCACAUCAACCGUACAUAUAGCCCUGGUGUUUCUCGGCAUUCCCACACAUGUUGGUGUCAGGCACUCUCAGAUAUCUUAUUAUUUACACUGGUUCUGCCCUUUUUUGGGUUACGGAGCAACCUGUUGUGCUCGAUCAGGCAAUUUUUUUUUUC